GGCGGCGGCCGCGCUAUGAUGCUGGCCGUGGUGCUGCUGGUGCUGGUGCUGGGCUCGGCGGGCGCCCUGCAGCCGGCUUCCCCCGCGGCUCCCGGGCCCCGGCGGGCCGAAGGCAGCGGAGAGAACGACCUGUCAGCCUGGACGCCCAACGCCAGCCGGGAGCCUCCGCGAGCCUCGCCCGCGCGGGCCACUGACAGCUCGCCCGGCCCGGCCCCGACGCUCACCUGGACGUCCCCGGCGGCCCCUUCUGCCUCGCCCCCGCCGGCCUCUCAAGGGGACGCCCCCGGCCCCCCGACUGAUGGGCCUCCUCCCUCGCCGGCAGAGGAGAAGAAGGAGGAAGAGGAAGAGGAGGACGCGCCGGUGAACAGCGGAGCAGAUGUCUUCUGUAACUGCAGCUCCGUCGGAAGCACAAGCGUGGGGGAUUGCAACGCCACGGGUCACUGUCACUGCCGCCCAGGUUACACAGGGCCCUCGUGCGACAGAUGUGAAGAGGGCUACCAUCUCGGGCAGCCUCACCCACGCUGCCUUCCUUGCGAGUGUCAUCCCGAGGACUCCAUCUCUUCGUCCUGCGACAGCCUUGGAAGAUGCCAGUGCAAAGCUGGAGCUACGGGGACGAAAUGCGCCCAGUGCCAGGAAGGCUUCUCCAAAUUCAACGGGACCACCUGCCGUCCAUGCCAGUGCAACCAUCACUCUUCGCAGUGUGAUCCUUUGACAGGCGCCUGCCUCAAUUGUCAUGGAAACACCGAAGGCACCUACUGUGAGAAUUGCAAAGGGCAAUUUUAUCGCAACCGCUCCGAGCAACACGAGUGCGUCCGUUGUCCUUGCUCCACAGAGUUCUCCAGCGGCAGCUGCCAGAUAAAGCCUGGUCAGCAAACCGCAACCUGUGAUGACUGCCGUCCUGGCUACACCGGCCCUCUCUGCAAUGAAUGUGACAAGGGCUACUACAGCUCGGACAGCAUCUGCCUGAAAUGCCAAUGCAAUGGAAACGUGGACCCAGCCCUUUCACCGGCAGUCUGCAAGGCGGAUACGGGCGAGUGUAUCGGUUGCCUCUACCACACAGCCGGGGUUCAUUGCGAGAAGUGCCAAGAAGGCUACGCCAAACUUUUGGAAGGAGCAAACUGCACCAAGGAAGAAUAUACUCCAGCCCCGAGGCUCAUCCCUACAGUCCCAAACUUCAAUGCGUCCACCAUCCUGCCUACAGCAGCCUUCAACACCACAUCGGUGCGGCCGACGGUACAGCCGGCCUUCCCGAGUCCCUCUUCGGAGAACGGCACGUCGACAUUGGCCGACGUCUCUUGGGCCCAGUUCAACAUCAUCAUCCUAACCGUGAUCAUCAUCCUGGUGGUCCUGCUGAUGGGUUUUGUCGGCGCCGUCUACACGUACCGCGAAUACCAGAACCGGAAGCUGAACGCUCCUUUCUGGACCAUCGAACUGAAGGAGGACAACAUCAGCUUCAGCAGCUAUCACGACAGCAUCCCCAACGCGGACAUCUCCGGCUUGCUAGAAGACGACGCCAACGAGGUGGCGCCCAACGGGCAGUUAACGUUGGCCACGCCGAUGCACAACUACAAAGCGUGACCAAUUGUACGGAUUGCAAACUCCUUUUGUUUUGUACGCUCGGGACGAAUCAGUGCCAGGGCGCUUUGGGUUGAAGAUUAGAUGGUUCCUGUGGAAGGAACUAGACGUUUUCUUUUUUCCUGGGUUGGCCGAGCUUCCUGUCAGUUGUCCCAACAAGACAAGAGUCGGAGAAUGACAAGAGUCGAGUCAAAUGAAAAUUACGGAUUGGAUUCAGCUCGGCCUUUCGGUUGGCACAGUGGGUAUUUGCCUGUAUUUUUUGUUUAAAGAAAGAAGCAGCUGCUCAAAUAUAUAUAUUUUUGUAUAGAAGACACUCAGAAACCAUCUCAUGGCCACUCAGAAAACCCAAGCGGACACUGGAAACAGAAUUUUUAAAGCGCUUGUUGGAAAAGCGAUCGAGGGACCGAAUUUGGAAGAGAAGAAUCAAAAGUGUAUCUCGGUUCGCUUUUUAUUUCCCUUUGUUGGGACAUGUUCCCCCUUUUCAGUUUUCCCUCUGCCACUGUUAAACUCAGUGUAAUCUUUUGUCUCCUUUUUAUUUCCCU